AUGUCGUUCAGUUUCGGAAACACAAGCUCUUCGGGCGCAUCCAACAACAACACGACGUCGAGUGCGCCGGCAUCAGGAAAUCUUUUCGGUGCUGCUACUGGAAGCCCCGGCUUCUCAUUCAGCUCCAUCGGUGGUUCCGCUGCCGGCAACAGCUCGACACCCGCUAGCAACAGUUCAAGCAACUUGUUUGGUGGUCAACAAAGCAGCGCAACAGCACAGAAGCCCGCUGGGGGUCUUUUUGGUGGCGGCGCGAACGCGACCACUACCACCCCUUCCUCCAGCGGAAUCUUCGGCGGUGGCAGCUCUACUACUCCUGCGACAAGCGGUCUUUUUGGAGGAGGUGCUUCUACUACACCUGCAGCAACCACAGCUCCUUCUAGCGGUGGGAUGUUUGGCGGCGGCACUGCUAGUUCUACUGCGCCUGCUUCCGGAGGACUGUUUGGAAACGCAGGAAGCAACGCAAGCAAGCCUGCGGCUAAUCUUUUCGGAGGCGGUAACUCUUCUGCCCCUGUUAGCAGCACUGGUGGUAUGUUCGGUCAGAACAACGCCAAUCAGACCUCAACAGCCACUACCUCUGCUGCACCAGCGUCAGGUUUGUUUGGAAACGCUACUACUGGAGCUGCCACUCCUGCCAAGCCUACCUUUUCUUUGCCGUCGACGACCCCAGCUGGAGCACCCCCUACCGAUGCUGCGAAGCCUGCCGGAGGACUGUUCGGCAACACAAGUGCACAAGCAUCAACUGGAUCAUCUGGCCUUUUUGGAAAUGCAGCGAAGCCGGCGACAACCUCAGCUUCCUCUGCCCAGCCCAGCACAACGGCCUCAGCAACACCUGGCGGCCUCUUUGGGGGAGGUGCACAGGCCCCCAGCAGCGCUCCUGCUGGAGGGCUCUUUGGUGCUAAGCCGGCAUCUACUCCCACUUCUACCUCUGGUGGGAUGUUUGGAACAAAGCCUGAGAGCGCUGCCCCUGCUGCGUCUCAGGGAGGAAGCUCAACUCCCGCUGCCACUGCCACUUCCUUGUUUGGUGCCAAGCCUGCCGCUCCAGCAACUUCGACCCCAAGCUCAGCACCAUCUGGUGGUCUCUUCGGCGGCGGUGCAACAGCUUCUGCCGCACCCGCCAGUUCCACCACAACGACAGCCGGAGGACUGUUUGGAGCCAAGCCUGCGACCACCACAGCUACCACAACAACUCCUGCUGCUACUACAACCGCCGGUGGUCUUUUUGGCGGCGCUGCUAAGCCCUCUACUGAAACAGCUACACCAAAGCCUGCUGGUGGUUUAUUCGGAGCUGCUGCUAGCAGCCAAGCAACAGGCUCGACUGCUGCUACCACUGCAACCACUGGCGCAUCGACGACCACUUCAGCCCCAGCAGCAGGCACUACCGCUGCUCCAGCCAGCAAUCUGUUCGGUGCGAAGCCAACUGCAGAUGCCAACAAGGACGCAGCCAAACCUGCGACUACUAGCACCACUCCCGGUCCUUUAGGUGCUUCCACAACUGGCCCAACAUCCCAGAUGGCGCGCCUCAAGAACAAAACCAUGGAGGAUAUUGUAACAAGAUGGGCAUCAGACCUCUCAAAGUACCAGAAAGAAUUCAAGGAGCAGGCGACUACUGUGUCUAGCUGGGAUAGAAGCCUUGUAGAAAACGGUGAGAAGAUCCAGAAGCUGUACCUUGAUACUUUUGAAGCCGAGCGAGCGAGUCACGAAAUUGAGCGACAGCUUGCUGCCGUGGAGAGUCAACAGGACGAGCUUGAAGCAUGGUUGGAUCGAUACGAGUCUGAGGUCCAAGAUAUGUUUGCUAAACAGCUGGGUCCUGGCGAGCAGUUGGCUGGGCCUGACCAGGAGCGUGAGCGCACGUAUAAGCUUGCAGAGAAGCUCACACAACAAUUGGACGAGAAGUCGCGCGAUCUAUCUAAGAUGGUCAAGGAGAUUAACGACAUCUCUGGUACAUUAAACAAGGGUGCUAAACCCGAGGACCCUCUGAGCCAAAUUGUCCGUGUUCUCAACGGCCACCUUACACAGCUGCAAUGGAUCGAUGCUAAUGCCUCAUCGUUGCAAGCCAAGGUGGCAGCUGCUCAGAAAUCAAGCAGCAACCUAGGAAGUCACUAUGCUGGUUCGGAUAACGAUGCGGCGGAGAGCUUCUAUCGCUCAUACAUGGGACGACGAUGA